CCUGAAGAAAAGCCAGUGAGCCGCACCGAGCCAGCGCUUGCCGCCAUGCGGCCAGCAGCGGCCGCCAUGCGCCCCUUGCGAGGCCGGGCCUUCUGCGCCGGCUCCGAGGCGCUGUACGAAGGCCUCCGUCUGCAGCGCCAGGGACGAGCCGCGGAGGCGCUGCGGCGGCUGCGGGCGGCGGAGAGCUGCGAGUCGCCGCUGCUGCGCGCGGCGGCACGGAACGCCGAGGGCCUCCUGCUUCUGCGCAGUGCUGCGCCUGUUUGCGAGCAGACCCAGGUCUUGCACCCAGGUGAUGUCGUGCUGGCGCCCUGGGCGGAGGAUGGCUUUGAGUACGAGGCCACCUUGGAGCGGAUCGACGAGGCGAACGGCUCCUGCAUAGUGUCUUGGGCAGAUGGCGGCCAGACUUGUCGCGAGGUGCCUUUGGCCGCCGUGACCACUGUGCAGGGCCUGCCCUGUCGCAGCUGCUCAGCACAGGACUUGAGACUUUGGGCGAGCAGGCGCGCCCUGACCCACGCAUUGCUGGAAUGGCAAGUCCAGGCUGAGGCGGGCACUGCGCACGACGCCUUCGUGGACUUUGCAGGCCUCUUAUGCGACCUGGCGGCUGCGGAGGUGCGGGUGGCCUUGCGUUGCAGCUGGCCGGGCCUGGAGCUGGCGCGGGUAGCGCUGCAGCGGGGGCGGUACAGCGCGGAGCGCGCCUUCAAGCCGGACCGCCGGGCGCUGGCAGCGCUGACCUUGGCACGAGCCGAGCUGAUGCGCCUGGAAGGCGCCUCUGCGCCUGAGCUGCUGUCGCUGCAUCGCCUGGCUGGGGAGCACCUGGCUCUGGCCACCUGGUCCAGUGAGCCGCUCUGGCGCAGCGCUGGGGGCGAGCUCCACUGGCAAGCGCUGCAUCAGGUGCUCUGGGCAAAGGCUCUGGCGCAGCUGGCCAUCCAGGCCAAGCGCCCAUCGAGAACUCGCCGCGCCGGUCUCAAGGGGCCCCAGCGGCGGCGUGCAGCUCAGAGCGCCGAAUCGCCGCCGGAGAAGUUGGUGACCGCCGCGCCGGCUUUCCGCCGGGAUCCCCUGGCGAAGCUCAGCUUUGCUCCGCAGGCUGCGGGCCGCGCUUGGCGGGCGCUGUGCUGGGCUGCUAGCAGGGCAGACUCCGCCAAAAGCGCACCCUGGAGCUACAGCGCGGACUCUUGCGCGCGCUUGGCGAAGGAUGUGGAGCCGAGUCCCAUGGGAGCGCGGCUGCUGCUGGAGGUCGCAGUGAUCACAUUCGUCAUGGGCUGCAGGUGCGGCCAGAGCCGGCGCGCGCGGCAGGCGGCUCUGCCGCUUGCGCUGGAGGCGGCUCGGCGUCUGGAGGCGCAGCAGCCGGACGAUGCCGCGGAGGUGGCGCGGCACGCCUGCGAGAUCCUCAGCGGCCAGGAGGUUGCGGAGGGUUCCUUGCCCGAGCGGCUGCGCGUAGCGCACGACUCCGGCGAAGCUGGGGUGUCCGGCCGGUGGUUGGUGGCAGGCUACCUCCGCGAGGAGCUGUGGCUGCUGCGGAGAGGCGGUAGAACUGGCCGCCGGCGCGCCAUCGCCGUGCUGGCGGGGGCGCCGUCGAUGACCUGGGCGCCGGAGGGCCUUGCACUGGCAGAGACCUUGCCAGCGCCACGCUGAGCGCGAGCUACAGCAGUAGCCAGUGGCUUUUUCGGCUUUCUGCCUUUGGUCGGCCAAUGUGCCGGCCACCGCUGCUGGGUCAAGCUGGGCGUUAGCCAGGCGUUUGCGAAGCCAAGCUGGCAGGCCGGCCUGACCGGCCGACUGGCCA